AUGGCGUCUUCUUCUGAUGCAUGGAUGAGAGAGUACAACGAGGCUUUAAAACUCUCAGAGGAUAUAAAUGGCAUGAUGUCAGAAUGGAACUCAUCGGGUGUAACGGGGCCUGACGCUCAACGUCGUGCUUCAGCAAUACGAAGAAAGAUCACCAUUUUGGGGACACGAUUAGACAGUCUGCAAUCCCUUCUCGUUAAGGUUCCUGGGAAGCAACAUGUGUCAGAGAAAGAGAUGAAUCGUCGCAAGGAUAUGGUUGGGAAUUUGAGAUCAAAAGCAAACCAGGUGGCAUCUGCCUUGAACAUGUCGAACUUUGCAAACAGAGACAGCUUGCUUGGGCCAGAUAUGAAGCCGGAUGAUGUAAUGAAGAGAGUCUCUGGCAUGGACAACCAAGGCAUUGUUGGAUUCCAACGACAAGUUAUGAGAGAACAAGACGAAGGGCUCGAGCAGUUGGAGGUAACAGUCAUGAGUACCAAACACAUUGCUCUCGCUGUCAAUGAGGAGCUCACUCUGCAGACAAGGCUUAUCGAUGACUUAGACUACCAUGUGGAUGUUACCGACUCCCGCUUACGGCGUGUGCAGAAGAGCCUUGCGGUGAUGAACAAGAGCAUGAAAAGCGGAUGCUCAUGCAUGUCCAUGCUCUUGUCAGUGCUUGGAAUCGUCGGUCUUGCUCUUGUGAUUUGGCUGCUGGUUAAGUACCUGUAA